GUUCUCUCUCUCAAUAAAUGUCCACCAAGACCCUCCAAAGUAACACCUCUACCCCCUCCUCUGGCUCCAGGUUCCCACCAGCAUCAAAGACCUGCCAGUCUGAGAAACUUCCUGUCACAAGGCCAUCCCCACGAGGUCACCUGCCUCUGGGUUGCCAGUCAUCAGCAUGCAGGACGGCCUUACUUCAACCUUGACUCACGCUGCAGCCCAGCCCAUGAGCGGAGGCUCGAGGUUCAUGAGGAGCUUUCUAAACUCGAAGUUCAGGGGUCCGAAUUAUGGAGCCAAUGUGCAUUUGAUGCGCAGGAUCAUCGCUGAGGAUGCCGAGUGGUCACUGGCCAUCGUCCCCCUGCUCACAGAUCUCUGCAUCCAGCACAUUGUCAAGAACUUCCGGAACAACCCGAUCCUGAAGCAGCUGCUCCCGGAGCACCAGCAGAAGGUCCUGCGCCAGCUGCCCCCGGACCUGCCACUGGCCGUGACCGCCAACCUGAUCGACGACGAGAACUACUGGCAGCGCUGCUGCGAGCAGCGCUGGCCCGUGUGCCACCUGGACUGCCACGGCGGCAGCUGGAAGCGCGUGUUCUUCGAGCGGCACCUGGAGAACCUGAUCAAGCACUUCAUCCCGGACACCACGGACCCCGCCGUGAUCCUGGACCUGCUGCCGCUCUGCAGGAACUACGUGCGCCGGCUCCGCGUGGACCAGUUCCUGCCGCCCGUGCAGAUGCCGCCAACGCCGCACGACGGGGACCAGUCGGAGUCGGGCAGCGAGGGGGAGAUGGAGGAGGCCUCCAUGGACCACUACCAGCUCGGGGAGCUGGUGGCCGGCCUGAGCCAGCUGGAGGAGCUGGACCUGGUGUUCGGCAUCAAGGACUGCGGCAUGAACUUCGAGUGGAACUUCUUUCUCUUCACUUACCGCGACUGCCACUCCCUGGCGGCGACCAUUAAGGCCUGCCACACCCUUAAGAUCUUCAGGCUGACCCGAAGCAAAGUGGAUGACACCAAGGCACGCAUCCUCAUUCGCAGCCUCCUGGACCACCCGGCUCUUGAGAAGCUGGACCUGUCACACAACUGCAUCGGGGACCGUGGUGCCCGUGCGGCCGCCAAGCUGCUGAGCCACAGCCACCUGCGCGUCCUCAACCUGGCCAACAACCAAGUGCGGGCGCCCGGGGCCCAGUCGCUGGCUCACGCCCUGGCACACAACACCAGCCUCCUCUCCCUCAACCUGCGCCUCAACUGCAUCGAGGAUGAGGGCGGCCAGGCCCUGGCCCACGCCUUGCAGACCAAUAAGUGCCUCACCACGCUGCACCUCGGUGGCAACGAGCUGUCUGAGCCCACGGCUACCCUCCUCUCCCAGGUGCUCUCCGUCAACACCACCCUCACCAAAAUCAACCUGUCCUGCAACCACAUAGGACUGGAUGGCGGGAAGCAGCUCCUGGAAGGCAUGUCAGACAACAAGACCCUCCUGGAGUUUGACCUGCGCCUGUCCGAUGUCGCCCAGGAGAGCGAGUACCUCAUUGGCCAGGCCCUCUGUGCCAACCGUGAAGAAGCCCGCCAGCGGACCUUGAAUGUCAGCCACUCAACGGCACCACUCACUGCCAAGGGCCCUGAGAACCCUGCAGGAUAGGCUAGGGGACAGGGCUGGGGUAGUAACCACACCUGGGUCACUGCCCCACCCCCACCCUACAGUUCAUGCCCCAUGAUGCCUGCUGCAGAGUGGCACACUGGUCCACAGGGAGUGGGGGAGAUCACGAAGAUCCUGGGUGUAAUCUAAGGUUGAGUGCAUGUAUAUAUAAUGUUUCCUAUUAGGAUUAUAAUUUCCAGGAUGUAAGCUCCCCAUUCUAUAUAGAAUAAUAAAUUUUCAUCAAGAAUCUGAACAGUGCCCAGCCAGUAUUGCUCAGUGGUUAAGCAUCGAUUCCUGGUCAGGCCACAUGCCAAGGUUGUGUGUGUUCGAUUCCCAGUGUGGAGUGUGUGGGAGGCAGCUGAUGAAUGCUUCUCAUCAUUGAC